AUGGCUGCCUCAUCCAGUCAACCUGAGACCAUGAAAGCAGAAUGCAGUCUCAACAACCCAAAGGUUUAUUCUUUUUUCUUAAUUCUUUUUAUAAUAAGCUGUAUUUUAUUCCUAUUACACUAUAUACAGUGUCAUUUCAUGGCCUUUAAAGAGAACUUUAUGAUUAUUUGGUGUUGUGUCCCAAAAAGAAACAUUAAAAGUUGCCAGAUGCUUUGUAAAAACUGGUUUCAUCCAGAGAACAGAAAACUACAUGCAAUGGUGUGAUCGUGUCCUUUUGGUGCAUGGGUGCUGUGAAAAUCAGGAAUAGAGUGGAGAUUACAUUUAGGGCAUUAUAUUUUGUUUGUUUGAUUAAUAAUAAAAUUAGAGAGUAUUGUUGACAGGCCUGAUUAAUUCCUAUUUGAUAGAAGGGGUUUGUUUCUAAAGACACUGUAAUACGUGUUACUAUGAUGGGGAAUUGGAGUGAUUACCCCUAUCAACGUAGUUUACAACUUAUGUACUAGCAGUUGACAGUUACCAAACCUGCUAUGUCUUUUGGUCGUGUAUUUCCUAUUCACUGUUGUUAAUAUUGUUUUUGUAGGCUUGCUAUUCUGAGACCAGUGAUCCAAUGUUGCAUGUCACUCUUCUUGGUGGUGAGUGGAGUUCAUCUGCUGGUGGUUUGUCAACAUUAAACAGGGAGCUUGCUAUUCACCUUUCAAAUCAUUCAGCAGUGAAGGUUUCUCUUCUAGUCCCAGAGGGAGCUUGUAAUUAUGAGGAAAAAAAUGAAGCCCAUACCUAUGGAAUCACUAUUGUUGAGGCGAAGAGACUUGCAGCAUUUGAUCGUCUUGAUUGGUUAAGCUUUCCACCCCAUGAGCACCUCAUGGAUAUCGUUGUUGGCCAUGGUGUAAAACUUGGUCGGCAAAUACAGGUCAUUAGAGACUCUGCUCGAUUUACAAAUUGUAAGUGGGUACAAGUGGUGCAUACUGCUCCAGAGGACUUAAGCAAGUACAAAUGCUAUGAUGACCCCAUUUCAAAAGGUGAAACAAAACACGAAUCAGAAGUUGAACUUUGCAAACUUGCGGAUCUUGUUGUCCCUGUGGGACCCAAACUAAAAGAAACGUACACUUCCUAUUUGCAGCGAUGUAAGACACAUCAAGACGUUUUGACCAUUACUCCAGGUCUUUUUCAAAGGGAGUUUGGGGAUUUAGUUGCAAAACAAGAUCCUAACGAGGAUGGUGAAUUCAAAGUGUUGUUAUUUGGUCGAGGGGAUGAUGAGGAUUUUGAACUCAAAGGAUACAACAUUGCUGCCCAAGCAUUUACUGAUCAACGGCUAAAAAACAAACCUUACCAUCUAAUCUUUGUCGGAGCACCUGAAGGAAAGCAAGAAGAAAUAAGAGAAAAACUUCUUCAAUGUGGUAUCGCAGAAGCACAGUUGACUGUUAGAAAAUUUAUACAAAGUAGAGACAGACUGAAAGAUUUGCUGUGUGAAGCUGACCUUACCAUCAUGCCAUCAAAAUCAGAGGGAUUUGGUCUUGUCGCACUUGAGGCCUUGUCUGCAGGCCUACCCAUUCUUGUAGGCAGUAGGUCAGGAUUUGCCAAAGCAUUAGAAAAUGUUCCUCAUGGUAAUACAUGCAACGUGAAUUCAGAUGAUCCCGCAAAAUGGGCAGAGGCAAUUGAAGGUGUUCGUGUUAGGCAUCGAAUGCGACUCAAAGAGAUUAAAGCACUAAAAACAUCUUAUGGAGAAAUGUACAGUUGGAAGGAACAAUGCAAAGCCCUUGUGGAGAGAAUGUGGAAAAUGGUCCAUGGUAAGAGUUGUUGCUUUGAAACUCAUGCAUAAAACAGUGAAUAUGAUGAACACUAUUUUGUACAUGUUAUUUUGACUUUUGCCUGUGUGUUCCAAACAUUAUUGUGAUCGGCCACUUAGUUACAAUCAUCUUUACAUGUUCAUUGUUUUCUUGUCUCGACACUCAUUAAUAAAACCUAGUGUUUUUGUAUUUUGGUAAUUUGGUAUUUUAGUAGUGUUGAUGUAACUUGGUAUUUCAUAGGGCCAUAAACUGUAAGUUGAAAAAGUUAUGUGUGUUACAGGUCAAAUUUGUUCUCAGGUUAAAUAUUUUUAACCUAGGUUGAUUCUUGAUUCCCUCUGUCUAUUAGGGCUAGAAGACAAAGGAAAUUGAGAAUCAACGUAGGCUAAAUCAAAAUUAACCUGGGAUCGAAUUUGACCUGCAACAUGUACAGUACGUGAAUGUUCUAUCAUGAAAAAUAUGGCUGAAGUAAUUGAAAUAAGGCAGUCCAAAUUAACAGUGCAAUGAUAUGCAAUCCAAAAGCACUUGCUAUUCCAGAACAUUUAGUGAAUCUUUUGCAGUUAACAGGUUCUUUAAAACAACUCUAUUAACUUUCUCUUCAGCAGAAAGGGGCUUUCAUCUUUUUUCUCUCACAAUGACAGUAUUUUUAAAACCAACCAACAGGGUCUUCCGAAAAUGACAACAAGCCCAGAGAUGAAGAGCCACUGGUUGAAGAAACUUCUCGUGCUGAAAAGAGAGCUCAUUUUGCAGCAGGAAGUCAAACUAAAAGUAGCUGUAAGCAUAUUUCAGGUAUGGAAAAACAUUAUUUGCUUUCUGUUGCUUCUGGUCUCUGUUAUGAGCAAAGGGUGGGGUGAGAGGCCCUCUUAAAAGUGUUUACCGUUUAAUUUGUAGCAGGGAAAAAAUCCAUACUGCAGGGUGUCCAGUUCCUGUUUUUUCCUAUUUUUUGAGCAUAUUCCUAUUUUCUCCUUUUUUUAAACCAAAACCUCCUAUUUUUCCUAUUUUUUAGUUGGUGAAGCCAUAAUUUGCAAAAAUAUUGAAAAUGGAAUAAUAGUUGUAUUGUGUUUUAGGGUGAGAUUUAUCAUAAAGCAAGUUGUAUGUUGACCUUGAUGUUCUAAUAUUAGUAAAAAUAAUAGCUACAUUUGUUCUUUCCAUGACCUCUAUUGUCCAUUAGAAUUCUGUUAACAACUUUGUUAUAAUUAUUGUUACUUUUUGCAUAAUUUUCUAGUGCACUUACAUGUACAUGUAUUGUAUGUAAUGUUUCACUUCUCAUGACUAUUAAAUAAUAUUGUGCAUAGCCCACUGAAACUGCAUUUCAGUCUCUCUACACUUCAUGAUGUAAUUAUUUUGAAGUCUUGCUCCCUUUUAUGUUCAUCUUUGAAACUGAAAACAUGAUCAAGUUGCCCUUUCACAACACAGAUCAGAUAAAUCAUCCAAUCAGCUUGUUGUUUAAAGAACUAAUCACUAGCUGGAUUCUGUAUGCUACGUGAAAAGAACAGACUCAAGUAUAGUUUACGGCACUAGCUCUCUUGGUGAGCUCUUAUUAAGAGCUAUACCUAAGCAACUGAUGAAGGAUACAAUAUUUUGGUUCCGAAACUGUUCUUCCGGUCAUAGCUAAGAAGAGAGUUAGAUUCCUCUUAGAACUUAACCAUAACGCACUGUCAUUUUGCAUACACUGCGGAAAGCCAGGUUUGGUACUUAAAACUAUGCGGUCUUUUGACUCAAACAAUCAUAUUCUCAACCAGCUACCGAUUGUAGAUUAAUGGAAGGAAAGAUAUCAUGGAAUUUUUUAGUUCAAUAUCCUUUAAUGACAACGAAAUCUUAAGAAAUUUCUGUCCUAAGAAGCUUUUCAAAGAUUUGCCGCCAACUAGAAGGGAUUUGCCAUAUGAUCAGCUUUGAUUAUAGAACGCGCUCGACCUGUAGCCAAGAAUGUCAUCCUGAUUACAGCGUAACUGAGCCAAAAAACUAAAUGUUACUGAUCUUUUUCACUCCUUCUAAGCCGCGAACGUAAAGGCUAAGGACUCGUGGCCUUUAUUAUAGCCCUGAUGGGAUGCGGGGAGACUAACUAUGUCGACAAAAGUACCAUUGAUUUCCUGUUUUUCUCCUAUUUUUUAAUACAAAGUUUCCUAUUUUUCCUAGUUUCUCAAUCCCGAGUUUCCUAUUUUCCUAUUUUUUUGAGCAACCAUGCCACUGGACACCCUGAUACUGCCCACUGAACUGAGCUGAACGAAACAACAUUAUUUAUACGGGUCACAUCUUCUAAACUGGCUACACGUAGCUUAGAAACAGGGGAAACCUGUGCUAACCUCGAUACUGACGCCUUCUAAUGUUACGGUAAAUCUCUGUUCUUGGUUUUCACCCAUGUGACCCGACGCUUGAUAACGAUUGCUAUCCGCCAUGUUGGUGUCCCUCAAACGUAACCAAAACCAGCUCGAACAGAUAUAGUUAUGGUUGUUUGCAUCGUUGUCGGUUGUUGGAGGAAAAGUGAGAAGAAAAACACCCAAGGAUUUUUUCAUAUUCCAACAUUUGUCAAGAACCAAGGAGAGGAAUUCGAAGAAACCACUACAGAGAGGAGAAAUCUCUGGAUUUCGGCCGUAAGUCGAGACGAUGACCAGGAGACAUGGUCAUUGCGGAUAAGGGUUUAAUCGUCGCAGACAGAGUUGAUACAAAGUCGUUUCGAUACAAGUUUAUUCAGUUGACUUGUAAAUAGUUUCACGAACAUGGCGUAAAGAACAAGGAAUAUUCACCCAAAAUGCUUUCCUGGUCACGCACAUACUAUACUUGUCAUACUUGCGGUGAUCGAAAUUUUUGUGCAAUUUCAAUGCUUGAGUUCGUAUCAAAACGACCGGUUUCCGCGGAGAGUGUUGGCUUAGAGCAAGCCAAGCUGGUCAUUCCAGCAUUUACAAAAGGGAAGUCACAUUUGCAUCCAGUUGAGAAAAAAAAAACAGNUUUUCUCCUAUUUUUUAAUACAAAGUUUCCUAUUUUUCCUAGUUUCUCAAUCCCGAGUUUCCUAUUUUCCUAUUUUUUUGAGCAACCAUGCCACUGGACACCCUGAUACUGCCCACUGAACUGAGCUGAACGAAACAACAUUAUUUAUACGGGUCACAUCUUCUAAACUGGCUACACGUAGCUUAGAAACAGGGGAAACCUGUGCUAACCUCGAUACUGACGCCUUCUAAUGUUACGGUAAAUCUCUGUUCUUGGUUUUCACCCAUGUGACCCGACGCUUGAUAACGAUUGCUAUCCGCCAUGUUGGUGUCCCUCAAACGUAACCAAAACCAGCUCGAACAGAUAUAGUUAUGGUUGUUUGCAUCGUUGUCGGUUGUUGGAGGAAAAGUGAGAAGAAAAACACCCAAGGAUUUUUUCAUAUUCCAACAUUUGUCAAGAACCAAGGAGAGGAAUUCGAAGAAACCACUACAGAGAGGAGAAAUCUCUGGAUUUCGGCCGUAAGUCGAGACGAUGACCAGGAGACAUGGUCAUUGCGGAUAAGGGUUUAA